AUGUUUGACCCAUACUCAUCUAAUGGAGGGACGGUUAUGGGAAUCGCCGGCAUUGAUUUUGCCUUAAUUGCCUCCGACACUCGUCUUUGUGAUGGGGGUUUCGCCAUUCUUUCAAGGAAUUCUCCUCGGUUAUUUCGAUUGGGCCCUGGGAAUAUCCUUGGGUGUGCCGGAUUCCAUGGAGAUGUAUUAACACUGACUAAGCUCCUAGAAAAUAAGGUCAAAACAUAUCGGUAUGACCAUGGGAAAGAUAUCUCAACGAAAGCAUUGGCUGGCCUUUUAUCUGUAACUCUUUACAACAGACGGUUUUUUCCAUUUUACGUUGGUAAUAUACUGGUUGGACUCGAAGAAGGACGUGGUGUUCUUUAUAGUUACGAUCCAGUCGGAUCAUAUGAACCUGAAGCAUAUCGAGCCUCUGGAAGCUCAUCAGCAAUAUUGCAACCAUUUUUGGAUAGCACAGUGGGGAAUAAAACUUCGAAAUACCACACAUCGCUUCUGGACAAAGAAACAGCCGUUAAACUUGCUCAUGAUAUCUUCAUCAGCGCUGCAGAAAGGGAUAUUCAGUGUGGUGACAGCGUUGUAAUCCAGACUAUUACUAAAGAUGGUGUUAGUGAAGUUUCUUACCCAUUAAGACGUGAUUAA